AAUAUUGAAUAUAUGUGUUUACUUUCAGAUGCCACAUCAAGCACAUUGAAAAUGAUGCUUUCUACAAUGUGAAGAAUUUGACUACUUUGAUUCUCACUGGAAACCCUAUUACAUAUUUUGGACCUGGAUGCUUGAAUACUUUACAUAAUCUAAGGAGACUAGUUCUUGUGGAUGUUGGUCUCGCAUCCUUACAGCUUCAAAUGAAUAACCUAACCAAACUGCAGGAACUUAGAGUUGGAACAAAUAACAUCCAGUCCGUGUCUCUCCCUCCAUUCAUGAGCUCCUUUAAAGAUUUCAGUUUACUUGAUCUACAUGCCAAUAAUAUAUCCAUCAUCAAAACUGAUCACACAGUUGUGUUGCGAACGAUUGGCAGAAACAUGACUUUGAUUCUCUCUAGGAAUCCAUUAUUAUACAUUGAACCAGGAGCUUUCAAAGAUGUUUAUCUCAGACAGCUGGAUAUCCGAUCUGCCUUUGUUUCAUUUGCUGCUCAGAAAUUUGGUCUUAAAGCUCUAUAUGGUCUUAAUGUCAAAAGGCUGAUGUUUGGAAAGUACAGGGAUGAUUUCAGAUUUCAGUUCUCAGAUACUGACUUUUUAGAUGUCUUUUGCUCCAUUACUUUUCAGGAGGUAUAUUAUUACAUUAUGGAAAGUCCUGAGUUCAUUUCUAGCUUUCGCUGUAUGAUUAAUGCCACAAAGGUAGUAGUAGUGGGAGGUUUAAUUGAUGAAACGGAGCAUGUGCUUUUUCAUGAAAUCAAGGAGCUUUACUUGAUUCACAAUCACUUGGGUUCUUUGCCAGGUAAACAACUGUCACAUCUCCAUACUUUAGAAAAACUAAUAAUUACACACAACACUGAACCAAUUUGUGAUGAAGGCUUUAGUGAUAUGCCUAAGCUUAAAUAUAUGGAUUUGAGCUCUAACCAGAUUAAAUUAAAACGAUGCUGUGCAACACUUUUAUCUGGCACCCCUCAAAUCAGGUAUUUGAAUUUAAGUCUAAAUGCAGAAAUUGAUCUUGAUGUAGGAGCAUUUGUUGGACUUUAUUCCCUUGAGAUUCUAGAUUUCCAUCAUACAAAGGUUUUACGUGUCGGAUACCUUUCAGUUUUCUCUAACUUAAAGUAUUUGAGGUAUCUGGAUGUUUCUUAUUCAAGUAUCAUCUUUACUAACAUAUAUUGCUUUUAUGGACUGAGCAGUCUUAAUGUUCUCAAGAUAGCUGGCAAUAAUUUUCAGGGUGAUGUAGUAAGAUAUUUAUUUAACAAUCUCACAGUUCUAGAGCACCUUGACAUGUCAUACUGUCGUAUGGUAGAGGUACACUCGAGCUCUUUUAAAAAUCUUCAAAGGCUUAGACUUUUGAAUCUCAGAGGAAACAAAUUAAUGACUAUAGAUUUUCUUACCCACUCAAACCUGAAACAAUUAACAUCAUUUUAUGUUGAUAAAAACAGCAUUACUAGCAUCCCACUUGAUGUUCUCCAAAAGCUGCCAACAAACCUUUCAGAGUUUGAUUUGUCCUCCAACCCCAUCGAUUGCUCCUGUUCCCAGACAGUUUUUAUUUUGUGGAUUAUCCAAAAUCAGAACAUUUUGAAGCAACCAGAAAAUAUUUUCUGUAAAUCUUUUUCACUAAGCUCAGGUUUUAGAGCAGCAGACUUUGGGUCAUGAAUGAACUGAUGGAGAAUCUGGAGAACGGUGUUCCACCUAUUCAUCUUUGCCUUCACAUGCGGGACUUUCAAGCAGGGAAGUCCAUCGCCUCCAACAUUAUCGAUGAAGGAAUAAUGGGCAGCCGUAAAGUCAUUGUGGUUG